UCAUUUUACGUCACAAAUAAUACGAUUAGUAUGAGUAUUCGAACACACUUAAUGAGUCAGGCGUUAUUGCAUGCACUUUCGGCUCAGUAACAUGUUUGUUAACUUAAUUUGUCGAGAUCUAUAUAGAAAAUAAUGUGACUAAAAACUUGGACACAGCGCGGCUUGUUUUUUAGAUAAUAGAUCAAUUGUAUUAACUGGAUAACUAUUCAUUUUAAAUUUGUUACACUGACUAUUUCACAUUGAAUAAUGGCGAUUGCACACGUUGCAACAGAAUACGUUUUCUCCGACUUUUUAUUGAAGGAUCCAACAGAGUCGAAGUACAAAGGGGUGCGUCUGGAGCUUGCGGUAGACAAAAUAGUCACUUUCAUUGCGGUUGGUCUCCCUUUGUUACUCAUCUCCCUCGCGUUUGCACAAGAGGUGUCAGUAGGUACCCAGAUCAGCUGUUUUGCCCCUACCAACUUCUCAUGGCGACAGGCAGCCUAUGUUGACUCCUUCUGUUGGGCGGCGGUGCAGGAGCAGCAACUCAGCGUUGAUGGCGUCGAGGGUGCCCCCCUAUGGCUGCACAAGUUCUUCCCUUACAUCCUUCUGUUGGUGGCAAUCCUCAUGUACAUCCCUGCUCUGUUCUGGCGCUUCACGGCCGCCCCACACCUCUCCUCUGACCUCAACUUCAUCAUGGAGGAGCUGGACCGCUCCUAUAACCGAGCCAUCAGACUGGCCAAGAGCCUGGCCUCAUCUAUAGACACCAAAGAUGUCUCUGACGACUCCCCCAGUGCCCUGGACCUGACCGAAGGCUGCUUUAAAUACCCUCUGGUGGAGCAGUACCUGAAGACCAAGCGUUUCUCCCGCUGGCUGGUGGUGAAGUACCUGGCGUGUCGGCUGUUAACCCUGCUCACCCUGCUGCUAGCCUGCCUCUACCUGGGCUACUACAUUCGCCUAGCCUCCAUCACCGAUGAGUUUGCCUGUGAUGUGCGGACAGGGGUGCUGAGGAACAACAGUGCGGUGUUGGUGCAGUGUAAGCUGGUGGCGGUGGGGGUGUUCAGGCUGCUAAGCUACAUCAACCUGGGGGUGUACCUCCUGCUGGCUCCCCUGCUGGUGUACGCUGCCCUGGGCCCGGCCAGACAGAGCUCCCGCUUCCUCCGGCCCUACGAGAUGCUGCCGGCCUUCGGAGCUCUGGACCUGGACACACCCUUCUACAACGACCUCAGCGUGUACCUGCUCUUCCUGGAGGAGAACCUCAGUGAGCUGAAGUCCUAUAAGUGUCUGCAGGUGCUGGAGCUGCUUAGGGAAGGAGGCGGUGAGGCCUUUGACACUAUGUGUCUGCUGCAGACUCUGGGCCAGGUGAAGACAGAUGUGGUGGAUGGGAAAAAAUCCACUUCAUACAAGGACAGCAAAGACUGCACCAAGCCUGGAGAGGAGGACACAAACUCUUCUGAGCUGAGAGAUGUUUCUACAUUGUUGCUGGACGACGGGCUGAAGAAAGACAACAAGGACAAGACCUGCUGUGGUGGAAUAGACGUACGUCAGAGAGUGAUCUGAAGUGUGAACUGGGGUCUUUAUCUUUUCAGUCAUUUAGCAGACGUUCUUCUCCAGAGUGACUUACAGAAGCAAUUAGAGUUAAGCGCAUUGCGCAAGGGCAUGUCAUCAGAUGUUUCACAUAGUCGGCUUGGAGAUUGGAACCAGCAACCUUUCGGUUACUGGCCCUAACCACUAGGCUACCUGCUGAUCAAUAGCUUGUUUAUUUUUUAUUUUUUUAAGUGCUGUGUUGCUAUGUUACCRUACCUACCUUAGUACAAUAAAAUUGUACCUUUUGUUCUUA